AGUCUUUGUAAGAGACAGCGCGCAAACAUGAACAGUAUACGUUUGUUCGAUCGCAUGUUUGCUGCAGCUUGAGUAGGGCAAUGCCGCGCCCCUGCAUUGGAGUUGCUCUGGCGCUUCUGGUUUUUGUUGCGAGCAUUGCGUGUGUUUCAAUAUUCCAGCCGUCUCUUGGGUGUUUGCAGCAAAACACAGUUCUUGGGGCAAGCCCCGCACAGCUGCAGCUGCCGCCGCAAUCGCAGCCAGACGUUUGGACCACUUUUGUCUCCAGAGUGCUUGCUGGUCCUGAUGUGAAGGCUUGGCAAUGCUCGUCUUCAAAGUUGGCAGUGUUGAAUUUCUCUACAGUUCCCGAACUGCGGGUUGCACCAUUGGGCCCGCGCGGCCCGCUUCAAGUAUUUGCAUCCACUGAGAAAGGUCAAUGCAAUUUGCUUCCCUUGGGUUGUUUGAAGGAGCCGACACGCUCGCAAGGCAUAGUUGAAGCUCCUUGGUUGGAGGAUGUUAUCAAUGCGGCUUUCCGCCAUUGCCACACGAAUCCUCCAUGCCAUGCCCUGGAUAUCGGAUCGAACCUUGGCAUCAUUACGCUCCUAAUGCUCCACGCAGGCGGAAAUGUUGUUUCAGUCGAGCCGCAACUUGACAUGUGCUGCGCGUCGCAUGCCACCGCAUUAUGGCAUGGUCAUGGCAGUCGCCAUUUGCAAUUGUGCGGAUGGCUCAUGGUGCAGCCUGGCCUCAAGGAAUUGGCUGUGCCGGCAGGCGCUCAAUUUUUCAGGUAUGGAAGCCAUUACUAUGAUGAGAGCGGAGCAGUCGCAGUUUCCCUUUUCAAUGUCACACGAAGUUUUCUCGCAAAAGGAUUGCCCUUGUCUUGGCCAGUUCAUACUCUUGGAGAUAUUCUAAUGCUUAAGCCAUUCGGCCGCUACACAAUGAUCAAAAUAGAUACGGAUUCAGCAGAUUGCAACAUUCUCCAGUACUUGGUGCAACUGUGGCAGGCAGGUAUUCUCGAGAUGGACCACGUAACGUUAGAAAUGUCCGGAUUUUGCGCGGAUGAGACUCAGCGCAGCGCAAUCAACAAACUCUUCGCAGAGAUGCAGGCAGGCUUUCAUUUAUACCGUGCGGAUGCAAAUUUUGCUCAGCAGAAUGGAUAUGCUGCAAAUUUUGACUUAUUUCCAAAUGUGACCGAGAAAGUCGUGGAAUUGGCCCACGCAAGAAUGCUCAAAUUCAACAGGAUGACGCUGCAACAAUGGCAAGAAGCCUCGGCCUACGACAUCAUGCGAUCUGGGGAAGGACGCCCAGGUUACCAUUUACUCGCAAGGGCGAGGCAUCUUCCUGAAUUGUAAAACAUUCAAUCAGAAAGCGCAAGUAGAAACGCAAUGCGCGCAGGUGGGGGGGAAGGGUUGGUUUAGCUACGGAUCGCACAAGCCUUGCCCUAGUUUGUGAAUUGUAGAACAUGCGCCAGCAGGAAAACGGACUGCGAGAGCCGUGGCGUGGCACCAGUGCUUGUUCAUAAUUGCAUAUCUGUCCAGGACGCGGGCAACCCCCAAAUGUCUC